GGCAGGGCUGUCUGAGGGAAUGCGGGCGGCCAAGAUGGCUGCUGCCGCCGUCGCCGCCGGGCGUCACCUGCUGAGGAGCCGCGGCCAGCUGCGGGUGCCGCUGCGAUGGAGAGGCCAGGCCACGGCCGCCGCGGUGACGGAGAGCGCCAAGCCGCAGGUCCAGCCCCAGGAGCGGAAACCUAAAACAGGAAUCUUGAUGUUGAACAUGGGAGGCCCGGAGCGACUGGAUGACGUCCACGAUUUCCUGCUGCGUCUCUUCCUGGACAGAGAUCUGAUGACCCUUCCAGUUCAAAAUAAGUUGGCUCCGCUCAUUGCCAAGCGCCGCACCCCGAAGAUCCAGGAGCAGUACAGCAGGAUCGGCGGGGGCUCCCCCAUCAAGAAGUGGACAGCGGUGCAGGGAGAGGGCAUGGUGAAGCUGCUGGACAGCAUGUCUCCUCGCACUGCGCCUCACAAGUACUACAUCGGCUUCCGCUACGUGCAUCCGCUGACGGAGGAGGCCAUCGAGGAGAUGGAGAGGGAUGGCAUCCAGAGGGCCAUUGCCUUCACCCAGUACCCCCAGUACAGCUGCUCCACCACAGGAAGCAGUUUAAAUGCCAUUUAUCGCUAUUAUAACCAGAAAGGGGAGAAGCCAAAGAUGAAGUGGAGCAUAAUUGACCGAUGGCCCACACAUCCCCUUCUCAUUCAGUGCUUUGCUGAUAACAUCCAGAAGGAGCUGAACCUGUUCCCACCAGACAAAAGGAAAGAGGUGGUCAUCCUCUUCUCAGCCCACUCGCUGCCCAUGUCUGUGGUGAACCGUGGUGAUCCCUACCCUCAGGAAGUGGGAGCUACUGUCCAGAGGGUCAUGGAGAAGCUCAACUACUCCAACCCUUACAGGCUUGUGUGGCAGUCCAAGGUUGGACCAAUGCCCUGGCUUGGUCCCCAGACAGACGAGACCAUUAAAGGCCUGUGCCAGCGAGGAAAGAAGAACAUGUUGCUGGUCCCAAUAGCAUUUACGAGUGACCACAUUGAGACACUGUAUGAGCUGGACAUCGAGUAUGCCCAGGUUUUAGCCAACGAGUGUGGAGUUGAAAACAUCAGAAGAGCGGAGUCUCUCAAUGGAAAUCCACUGUUCUCCAAGGCCCUUGCAGACCUGGUGUGCUCCCACCUGCAGUCCAACGAGGUGUGCUCCCGCCAGCUGACCCUGUGCUGCCCGCUCUGCGUCAACCCCGUGUGCAGGGAGACCAAGGCGUUCUUCAGCAGCCAGGCCCUGUGAGCCGGGCGGGCGGGACGCUGCCCCGGGCAGGACGGGGCCAGCAGCCCCCGGGCUGGGGGCUCAGUGCUGCCGUGUCCCGUCACAGCACGCAGAACCUGCCUUCGGGGCAGCUCUUCUCAUCUUUUCUUCGUUUGAGAGGAGUUGUAGGAAGUAGGGAAAUAAGGGCAUUUAUCCUGUCAGGUGUGAGAUCUCGUGUCAUCCGUGGCGUGAGCCCAGCAGGACGCGCUGAAAACCCUACACAGCUUUUUUACAAUUAGCUUCUAUUUCUAUGCAGGGAUUUACUUGUAUGCAGGGUGGUCACAAGUUCAUGAACUUGCCAGGUCGAAGGUACACUUAUUUUGGUUUUGCUUAAGGUGCACUCUGACCAGCACAGUCUGUUGUCUGUUCUGAGAGGGACUUUGCAGCUGGCUUGGAGACUUUGGAGACCAAGUUACUUCUAAUGUGUAGUUAAUAAGGUGUGUGUAUAUAUAAUUUUUUUUUUUUUUUUUUUAGAGCAUAAAGAUAAGGCUUUGUUUUGGUUUGGUUUUCUCCUGCCAGAAACUUCAUGUGAAAGCUUAGCUGGGAUAGUAGAAUGCACAAAACUUGUUUACAUUUUCUAGGAAAAAAAUGUUCAUUAUCUGCAGGAAAGUAUUUAAAGAGCGUAAGUUGAAAGGAAUUACCCUGCUUGAAUGAUGCUGGAGAAUUUGCGCCGUUGAAACUGCCUGUUUCAAGUCUAGCAGAAGCAUGUGAGGAAACAUGUUGGCUUAUCUGUUAAGCAGGAUGGCUUUUUAAAUUCUUAUAUUUUUGUUUAAAAAGGGCUUUUUCUGUUUGGUGAAGUAAAUUUAGGAAGUCAGGCUUGUUCUCCAGGAGGUUUAUAGAUCCACUCUGUGCUUUCUACUGUGCCACAGUACUGUGGUUUUGUGGGAUACCUAUGGAGUGCCAUAGGUAGGAUUGAUGUGGUUUAAUUGCCGUUACUUAGACGGAGAUGAUCAGUCAGGAGUCAUUUAGAGUUUCACAUUGCAGACGCCUGAGAACAGGCAGCCCUGUGCUGGGCUCUCCUGAAAGGCUGCCAGCCCCCAGCAGGGCCGUGCUGGGCAGGGCCCUGGCACUGGGUGUGUCCCCAGAGACACAGGGUCCCCUCCUGCCCGGCGGGGCGGGAGCAAAGCUGUGACAGUGGCACUGAGCCCUACGUGUGGCAGCCCCGCUGGCACCUCCUUGGGCACACGUUUACUUGAUGUCCUUAGCACUGAAAUGCCAGGACCUGUGCACUGCAGGCUGGCUCCUGGGAACUGCUGGUGGCUGAGAAGCAGAUGCCGUGCUGCUCAGCCAGGCUGACCUGCUCAGGUAACCAUGAGGCAGGAGCAGUUUGGACCUCUGGUCUUCCGAGAACAGGGUGUUAAAAGAGAGAAGAGGCCUCUUGUGGUGUAUCAGGGGUUUGUCUCGUUCUGUUUUGUUGUUGGAGUUAAGGAUGGGAUAC